AUGGGAGUUUCAUGGCAGAAAGCUAAGAGUUUCAUGGCAGAAUGUGAAGCCUUGAGGAAUAUCAGACAUCGAAAUCUUGUAAAGAUUAUAACUGCAUGUUCAGGUGUGGACAAUCAAGGCAAUGACUUCAUGGCACUAGUUUAUGAGUUCACGGUCCAUGGCAGUCUCGAGAAAUGGUUGCAUCCAUCUCUUGCCGCAGUAAAUGGAAUGCAAGAAAGAUACAUGUUUUUAAAUCUAAUUCAAAGAAUAAAUAUUGCAAUUGACGUUGCUUUUGCAAUUGAGUAUCUUCAUCAUCGUUCUGGGACUCCAAUAGUCCAUUGCGACCUCAAGCCAAGCAAUGUUCUUCUCGAUGAUGAAAUGACUGCUCAUAUUGGUGACUUCGGGCUGGCAAAAUUCCUUUCGCAUAGCAUCCAAAAUAAUUUUUCUAAUCAAUCAAGUUCUGCUGGAUUACGAGGAACUAUUGGUUAUGCUCCUCCAGAGUAUGGACUGGGAAGCGAGGUUUCAACACAAGGUGAUGUUUACAGUUAUGGCAUUCUCUUGUUGGAGAUGUUUACGAGGAAGAGGCCUACUGCUGACAUGUUUAAAGAAGGUUUGAAUCUUCACAAAUUUGUGGAGUCAGCUUUGCCAAAUGAAGUGAGUGCCAUUGCAGAUCCAUUUCUCUUUCAAGAAGGAGGCCAAUCAAAUGAAAGAACUAUGAUUGAAUGUUUGAUUUCCAUACUUGGGAUUGGAGUAUCUUGUUCUGCUGAAUUGUCAAGAGAGCGGAUGGACAUUACCGAUGCUGCCAUAGAGCUUUGUUUGAUCAGAGAUAAGUAAAAGACUCCCAGGGAAGAAAUUCAAGCUCAAGCAAUUUUAGUCAUGCAUGAAAAUUUCUUUGUUAAUGUUAUUUCUGAAGAAGAAAUUUAGAUGUAGUUUAAAUUCCACAAUGCUUUAAUUGCUAAAUUUGGAGCUUUCAUCUCUCAA